GCUUAAACUUGUUGGAUAGAAAUAGAAUGUCUUGUGAAAUCCAAUGCAAACCUGCGCCACAAGUCCAAAGUAGAAAUGCAGCAAAUUUUGGUGGAUUAUGUUUAAUUGCGGCGUCAUUUAUGCAAUUG